GUUUCGCCUCCCACCAAUUUUUGUGCUCCCUGUGGCUUACUGGGCUUGCACUUAGGGUACACUCGCAUGGAUUUUGAAAAUGGCCGGCAUGAAUAAAUUAAGGGCCUUGAAUGCGUUAUCUCUCAAGUGGUGUUGGGGGAUUGGCUGGCUCUGACACCGCAGGCGGCCGCACACGGUUAGGGCCGACUGAUGAUGCAGUUGGGUUGCCAAAUCAAGAGCGACGUUGGAGGGACAUACUACCAAGCCUACCACCUAAACCAGACUACGACGAGCCCACUUGCCACGCUGACCAAACCCAGCCAGUCGUUUUCGAUGUAGACCUGGGACGGUGCUGCCGGACGGAUCCAUCGGGGCUAACAUCAUUCCUUUAUCACUCAUCGCCUGACCUCUGGGGGCAAACCGGACGAAUCCCCAGAGCCAGGAGUGGCCGGGGAGGUCCUCACGGCUUCCCCACUUCGGCGGUGGUCGAUAUUCAUUACAACUACCGGAGCCGUUCUGGGCCGACGGGACCAUCUCAGGAAUGCCCGCUUCGGGACUGUCUGCCACGGCACGGGCUGCGCGAGGGUUGCUGCGGUGUGAGAUUGCGGACACCUCGCGGCGACUACUCUUUUGACUUUCAAAUCCAGACUUCACAGACAGAUGCUCUGUAUAGGUCGAAACGGUCCAGGCUGUCAAUAAUGCGGGCGCGAAAGUGUCCCACGCAAGGGGCCGGGAUUCCAGGUGGCCAUGGGCGCUUUGCAUGACUGCGUGGUUUCCCGAGCAGAUGGAUCCUGACAAGAUACCCUAGAGGCAGGAGACAAUUCCUUCUUAGUUCUUAGUAGUGUUUCCGACCAUGUUUUUGGAGCCAAGUGGAAUAAAACAUCAUGGCGUUGGUUUGUGUUCCGCUUUUUAGGCUGUUUCUGUCCUGGACCCAUUUUUUCCCUUCCAGUUUCCCACGGGGUUUGACUAGCUGGCCUCGGGGUAGCCGGGGGUGACGUCAAGGCGGCCGUGACCAAGACGAUCGGCACCCACAGUGCUUUUCUCACGUAUUGCAAAUGUGUCAUCGGUUUC